AUGCAGAGAAACGUCCCCUAUCCUCCUGCGGGCCCAGCCCAGGCCCCUGCCGCCGGUGCCGGUGCCGGUGUCGGCGCAGGGCAGGGCGGUCACCAGGCAUGCGCGUCGUGCAAACACCAGAGGAAGAAGUGCUCCGAGAGCUGCGAGCUGGCCCCCUACUUCCCGGCCGAUAGGACGAGGGAGUUCGGCCAGGUGCACAAGGUUUACGGCGUCAGCAAUCUGACCAAGAUGCUGAAGGCCAAUGACACCAUCCCCGAACGGGAGCGCUGCGCCGAAACCUUGAUGUGGGAGGCUGAGUGGAGAAAUAUCGACCCUGCUAAUGGCUGCUACAACGAGGUCAUAAGACUCAGGGAUGAGAACGCCAUGCUCCGCCGCGUCAUCGGAGAGUGCAUCGACUGUAGUCGUCAGCCCCUGCCGCAGCCUUACCAUUCGCCUGUUCAGCACCCGCGUCGGUAUCCAGCGAAUGGCAAUGAUCACAACAACAACAACAACUACUUAAUCCGUCAAGCCAUCAAUAACAACAACGGCAACAUUGGCGGAGCCAUGCACCAUGCUGAAGUGGUACCUCCGCAGCAUAUGGUCAACUAUCCUCCUAACAAUGGGAAUGUGAUCAACGGAUACCAUAAUCCACAUCACUCCCAUCCUGCUAUCUAUAUGCACGGGCCCGGAGGACAGGGAAACAAUGGUCAUGGUACAUUCUAUCGUUAG